AUGGCGUCCGGAAUGAGGCUGUGGCUGUUCGUCGUACUUGCUGUGGUAUGCGUAACAAGCACGCAAGCCAGGGAAGUAACCCACGAAGACAUAAGAGAUGCAAUGAUGUCUUUGGUCCGUAUGUUCCGCGUGUCGGAAGACAAACUCGACCGGCACGAAUUCAGGGAAAAAGCCUUCGCAGAGCAGAUAAAGAAGAUGCUGACUUCGCUCGAAAAGAAACAAAGAACUCUCGAACCUUUGAAGGGCAUGAUCGGACGGCUCGAUGAGAGAUUAUCCAAUGUUGAGAACAUAUUUAUUCAGAAAGAAGAAAAGGAAAAGGCAACUCAAAAGAAAACCAACGAACUAUUGGAGGACAUACAAAAGUCCCUUCAAGCGCUGACGAAAAAUCUGAAAACUCCUCAAGCGGAUGUGGAGAACAACCUAACCACAGAUGACGUCCCGUUAAGCAGGCGCUUAGAUGACACAGAUGCAAAACUCAAUACUGUUAGAGAAGAAGUUUUAGCCCUUAGGAACAGUCUAACAAAGGAAGCCCUGCGUUCUGUAUGCUCCGAGAUUGACGUGAACCCGUUCGAAAGACACAUAACGGAAGCUGAAAAACUGCUUAUGAAAUAUGAGUUAAAACUAAAUGAAUACAACGAUACGUCCAAGAUUCCAACGGACUUUGUCCCACUCAUUAUGGAGCGCCAAGAAAAAGACAUAAAGAAAAUACAGCAGCUGCUAUCCGAUGCUGAAAGCAUGUGGAAGGAUUUACCUCGACUUGCUGAUCUAAAACGAGCUACGAAUGAUACUCUUGAAGCGAUCGCUAACAGUCAGCAGAAUGUGACAGCCAGUGAAAAUUUGUCCGCAUCAAAGAUAACAGCGAAAAUCCGGGAUAUGGGUGAACAUCUCGUCGCAACCAACAACGAUAUUCAACAAAGCCUCACCCAAGGCAACAUUAUGAGCGAGCGAGCGUACAGUGAUAUACAGAGAAGUUACGAGACAUUGAGAAAUGAGGUUCAAGCCUUUUCAAAGAACGAGAACGUAAUGCUUCAAACAGCAGAUAAUGUGAUAGCAAACAAGAAACGUAUUGAAUACGGCGUGAACAGGAUUGUGCUGGAAAUUGGCGAACUUAUCAAUUUACAAGCGAAGAGCCUCAAUAAAACGUUGCUUGAAAGAUUAGAAGUAAUCCAGGGCGAAUUAAUCUCGAACCAAUCACUGGCCCACGGCAAUCUGACAUCGAAGAUCGAAUCAGAAAUGUCGCAAGUUUGGCGGCAAAUCGGAAUUAUGUACAAACAGCUCACCGCUAGCAAAUCCACGCUCGACAAGCUUACUGAACAAACCCAGCAAUAUGUUAAUGGAAGCGCCACUUCAUUGGAUGAAAUGAAAAAUAAGGUAGCCCAAAUUUCGACUCGCAUGAUUGAAGUUCAAGAGAACUUGAACUUCUUAUUGGGAAGCCUGAAAUUGGUGACGGAAGAGUUUAGUCAGAUUAAAACCGGUUUGGGCGAAGCGCUGGAUAAAGCUAAAACGGAUUUGCAUGAAGUCAAUUCGAAAAUAAAAGAUGGCCCAGGACCCCACGAAGCUGAUAUAAAAUAA